AAACACAAGAUUUCAAAUGAAAGCACAAGAAGCUUCAGUGAGCUGAUACCCAACAACAGCUCCUGAGCCGCUUGGACGGAAGAGAGGAGAGGGAAGAAAGAAAGGGAAAAAAAAAAGGACUGAAAAAGAAAUCGAAAGUUUCAUAACUCCACACACUGCGUAGUAGCAGUAGCAUCUCAUCUGACAGUCAGUUAGUUCAAAACUGUAUGUGUCGACCGGCUACAAGUGAGUUGAGUAUCAGUAUCUCUUCUAUUGAUCCUGAACUCACCUGAUCACUUUGUGUGCAAAGUCUUGAGAUGAAGCGCAAGGCUUCAGCAAUAAAUCCCUCUGGGGACUGUAAGGAGGGGAUCCCUGCCUCCGAGAAGAAACUGCAAAGUGCUCAGCAGGAAAGACGUGUGUCACCUUCUCCCAGCUGUGUAUCCAUGAAGAGCGACAAGUCAGUCAAUGUAAUACUCAACUUUAAGGAGGGACAGACUUCUAGCAGUCAAAGUGUCCAGCAAGAGAGAUCAGUCCCAUCUGCACCCAGCUGUGCAUCCAUGAAGAGUGAUGAAUUCCCAAUGACAUGUCAGCAGAAAUUGAAAUCUCAUCUGAAGAAGAAGUUUGAGUAUUUAUUUGAAGGAUUAACUAAGCAAGGAAACCCAACCCUUCUGAAUGAUAUUUACACAGAGCUCUACAUAACUGAAGGUGGUACUGGUGGGAUCAGGGAUGAACAUGAAGUGAGACACAUUGAGAGAGCACUCAAGAAACCAGCUGUACAAGAAACUACAAUCAAAUGCAGUGACAUUUUUACACCUUUACCUGGAAAAGCAACACAUAUAAGAACUGUGCUGACGCAGGGGAUUGCAGGCAUCGGAAAAACUGUCUCUGUGCAAAAAUUUAUUCUGAAUUGGACAGAAGGAAAAGCAAACCAAGACAUUUGUUUCAUAUUUCCCCUUCCUUUCCGGGACCUGAAUUUGAUGAAAGAUAAAGAAUUCAGUCUGAUACAGCUGCUUCACUACUUUCUCCCAGAACUGAAAGGGUUUGGACCCACUCAGCUCUCAAAUUCCAAAGUCUUGUUCAUCUUUGAUGGUCUGGAUGAGUGUAGCCUUCCUUUAGAUUUCAAGAACAAUGAGAUCUGUUUUGAUGAAGCAAAGACAACAUCACUGGAUGUGCUGUUGACCAACCUCAUCAAGGGGAAUCUGUUUCCUUCUGCUCUCAUCUGGAUAACCUCUCGUCCAGCAGCAGCCGGUCAGAUCCCUCCUGACUGUGUCCACCGGCUGACAGAGAUACGAGGAUUCGGUGAUCCCCAAAAGGAGGAGUACUUCAGGAAGAGAAUUAGUGAUGAGAACCUGGCCAACAGGAUCAUCAGACAUGUGAAGUCAUCAAGGAGCCUCUACAUUAUGUGUCACAUUCCAGUCUUCUGUUGGAUUUCAGCCACUGUUCUUGAGAGGCUCUUUGUUGAGGACCAAAGUGGAGAAAUUCCCAGGACUCUGACUCAAAUGUACACACACUUCCUCAUCUUUCAGACAAGUUUAAAGAAUGAGAAGUAUCUGAAAAAACAAGUAACAGACCCUCUGAAAUCUUUAGAAUCAGAUAAAGAAUUUGUUCAGAAACUGGGGAAUCUGGCCUUCAACAACCUCAACAAAGGCAAUCUCAUAUUUUAUGAGGAAGAUCUGAGAGAGUUUGACAUUGAUGUGAGUGAAGCUUCAGUAUACUCUGGAGUGUGUACAGAAGUCUUCAGAGAGGAGUUUGGGUUGUAUCAGGGGAAGGUUUACUGCUUUAUACAUCUUAGUGUGCAGGAGUAUCUUGCUGCUUUGCAUGCAUUUCUGUCAAGUACUGAUCCCAACCUGCUGAAGAAAACAAUAGAUCAGGCCUUAGAGAGCAAGAAUGGACACUUGGACCUCUACCUUCGCUUCCUUCUUGGUCUUUCAAUGAGGUACAGCCAGAAGCUUUUAAAAGAUCUAAUGAUGCAGAGAAGAAGUUCCUAUAAGAUUAAAAAAAUAAUCAGUCACAUAAAGGAGAAGAUCAAUGAGAAACUCUCCCCUGAGAAGACUAUUUAUCUGUUCCAUUGUCUGAAUGAACUGAAUGAUGAGUCUCUGGUGAAGGAAGUCCAGAAUUACCUAAACUCAGGAUGUCUUUCAGAAAAGAACAUUAAGCCCACAGAGUGGUCAGCUCUGGCCUUUGUAUUGUUGAUGUCAGCAGAGGAACUGGAUGUACUGGACCUGAGAAACUGCACUUUACGGAAUGAAGGGCUUCAGAGGAUGCUGCCAGUUGUGGAGGUCUCCAGAACUGCUCUACUGUCCAACUGUAGAGUAACAGAUGGAGGCUGUGCUUCUCUGGCUUCAGCUCUGCAUUCGAACCCCUGUUCACAACUGAGAGAGCUGGAUCUGAGCUACAAUCGCCCAGGGGACUCAGGAGUGAAGCUGCUCUCUGAUCUACUGCAGGAUCCACACUGUAGACUACAGACAUUGAGGCUGAGGAUGUGUGGACUCACAGAGAGAUGCUGUGAAGCUCUGGCCGCAGUUCUUACGUCAAACUCCUCACACCUGAAAGAGCUGGACUUGAAUGACAAUGACCUGCAGGAUUCAGGAGUGAAGCUCCUCUCUGCUGGACUGGGGAACCAACACUGUGAACUGGACACACUGAGACUUUCUGGCUGUUGUGUCACAGAGGAAGGCUGUGCUUCUCUGGCUUCAGCUCUGUGUUCGAACCCCUGUUCACAACUGAGAGAGCUGGAUCUGAGCUACAAUCGCCCAGGGGACUCAGGAGUGAAGCUGCUCUCUGAUCUACUGCAGGAUCCACACUGUAAACUACAGACACUGAGGCUGAGGAUGUGUGGACUCACAGAGAGAUGCUGUAAAGCUCUGGCCGCAGUUCUUACGUCAAACUCCUCACACCUGAAAGAGCUGGACUUGAAUGACAAUGACCUGCAGGAUUCAGGAGUGAAGAUAUUUUCUGCUGGAUUGGGGAACCUACACUGUAAACUGGAGAUAUUAAGACUUUCUGGCUGUUGUGUCACAGAGGAAGGCUGUGCUUCUCUGGCUUCAGCUCUGUGUUCCAACCCCUGUUCACAACUGAGAGAGCUGGAUCUGAGCUACAAUCACCCAGGAGACUCAGGAGUGAAGCAGCUUUCUGAUGUACUGCAGGAUCCACACUGUAAACUGGAGACACUGCAUGUGGACCAUCGUGGACCGUGCAGGAUCAGACUUGGCCCAAGGAAAUACUUCUGCCAGUUCACACUGGACCCCAACACAGCAAACAGACACUUGUAUCUGUCUGAAGGCAGCAGGAAGGUGACAUGGAGUGACGAGAAACAGCCAUACCCUGAUCAUCCAGACAGAUUUGACUGUUGGAAGCAGGUCCUGUGUGUAGAGAGUGUGUCUGAUCGCUGUUACUGGGAGGUUCAGUGGACUGGAGAUGCUGCUGGUAUUGGAGUAACUUACAAAGGAAUCAGUAGGAAAGGAAAUUGUGAUGAGUGUUGGCUUGGAUACAAUGACAAGUCUUGGAGUCUGUUUUACACUGAUGGGAAAUACUCUGUCUGCCACAAUAACAGACAGACUAUUAUACCUGGACCCCCUACCUCCAACAGAGUAGGGGUGUACCUGGACUGGGUGUCCGGCACUCUGUCCUUCUACAGCAUCUCCUCUGAUGAACCGAGUCUCCUUUACAGAUUCACCACCACGUUCACUGAGCCCCUCUAUGCUGGGUUUAGGGUUUGGGACUCCUCAUUGUCCCUGUGUAAACUGGGAAUGGAACACACACAAACAUAAGGUUGUGUUCUAGGAUUAAAACGUCAACUUUGGGCUCGUAACGCAGCAGUUUUCCAAGAUGGCCACUUAAAUUUUGGCUCCACUGCAGAGACCCACAAUUUCAAUACUUUCCCUCUGAUAUCAGUUUUGAGUUACUGCAACUGACAAAAUUUGACUGAAUUUUUGUUUUCAGUGCACUAUCAGAAAGGGAAUAGAACUAAAAUAGAGCACCCAGAGAAAAUUCUGAGCAUUCAAUCAAAGAUGGUCAUCAUCAUAUUGGGACAGCAAGUGGUUAGAGCUGCUGCCUUUGGACCCAAAGGUGACAGGUUUGAAUCAAACCCCGAGCUGUUAUACCCUUGAGUUAGGUAUUUCCCCAAAAUUGCCCUGCUCUUUAAAUGGGUAAAUCACUGUAAAUAGCUUAAUGUUGUAUGUUGCUGAAUCCUCUGAGGAAGAAAAGAUUGGGGCUCUGGCCAUCUGUUCUUUUGCCAGUCCUAUCAGUUCACCUCCACGGGUAUUUUUGUUAGCUUGGUUGAAAGAAAUGAGAGAGAUAAAGAGCCAAAUCCUGCCUGGUCAGAGGAAUAUGGAAGCUAAGAUGUAUGGAACCAAAAGGCGCAAAAUUGGAUGAUCUCAGGGCCAAAAUGAACUCUUCUCCUCCGUUCCAGUUUUGUAAAUAGAAUUUGUCUGAUAGCUUGAACAGUUUUUAAAAUUGCAUUACUGGCACUGAACAAGCAAUCGCUUUUCAUUUUCCUUUAGUUUUGGAGGAUAUGGACAAAUCUGAUCACAAGUAAAUCGGUAACUCCGGAGCAGUAAGUUGACCUGCAUCAGGCAAAACUGGUAGGAAUAUAAAGUUAGCAGAAUAUAAAAACUGUCAAAAUAAGUUUGUGGGACUGUUUGAGAACAGUAAAGGUCUAGAGGACUAGCUACAUUUCUCGGUGGCAUUCCUGGUUUAUUUUCCUCCCAUUGAGCUUGAUUGCGGCUACCGACUCCCCAGCCACACUCCUGACACAAACACCUGUGAGAAGCAUUCUGGUCUCAUUCCCGUAUCAUCUUUAAAGAUUCCUCUUUACCCUGACCUGCCAUCUGAAACAGUGUGGAGAAGAUGCAAAUUUUUAGAGACCACCAGAGCUUUUAAAACACAUAAGAUCUUCUGUGGUUUCUCUUUCCCAGUCCAACUCAGGUGUCCACACGAUGGGAAGAUCCUCCAGUUUGACGAGCCACCAGCCACAAUGCCAUUUGUAGCUAUUCUGAAAGACAGACUGGUUCAUAUAAGUCUUUGAUAUAAUUCAGUUUUUAUUGUAUUCUCUUCUUAUUCUGUCUCCCUUCUGUUAUCUCUUUCCUUUUGGAAAUUUUGUUCUAUAUUUUGCUUUUUUCUGGUAUGGCGGGUACACUAUAUUUUACCUUUGGUUUGCUAUGGGAGAUGUACUUAGAGAUGUUAAGGGUUAGGAGUUAAGGAGGUGCAUUACCUGCGUAGCAAACAAAGUGUUGGUUGAUAGGUUCUCAAACGGAGAUGGCGAGGAGUGACUCUGCUCUCUGUUUGUAGAUUUGGCUUGGAUUUCAGGUUUCUUUCUUUCUUUCUUUCUUUCUUUUUCUUUGUCUAGCUCACUCUCUCAUGUUCCGCUUUUCAUAUGUAAUAAGACAAAGUAUUACCAGAGUUGCACUCCUAUUUUAAGUUGAAAUUAAUUUAACCUAAAAUGAAAUUUAGUGGGGGGUGUGGUGGCGCAACAGGUUUGG